AUGGCGUUGUGCUUGUGGACUCUUACGCUUGUGGCCAUUAUCAGUCUACUGGCCGCCAGGACCAGGAUUUGCGAAACUACUCCGGGGGUCAAGUCCUACAGCGGUUACAUCAAUUUCCCUGCGAACACGACCGAAGGGCGGCCCUACGAUAUUCACACGUUCUUCUGGUUCUUCGAAGCACGAAACCAUGCAAGCAGAGCCCCGCUGUCCUUGUGGCUUCAGGGAGGUCCCGGGGCUCCCUCUACGCCGAGCGCUGUCGGGGGGACUGGGCCGUGUUACGUCGCUGACAACUCUCGCGACACAACGCUCAACCCAUGGUCACUCAACAACGAGGUAAACCUUCUCUACAUUGACCAGCCCGUCCAAGUAGGGUUUUCCUAUGACAAACUGGUCAGUGGAACUAUUGACGAAACCUUACUACCAUACGUGGUUUCACCUCUGGCCGGUGACGCACAAGCCCCCGAGUUGAACUCGACUUUCCUUCGCGGCACCUUUUCAUCACAAGAUCCGAUGUCAGCCCCGAACACAACUGCUACGGCAGCAUUGGCCGCGUGGCACUUUAUGCAGAUAUGGAUGAAACACUUUCCCAAAUACGAGCCCCAAGACAACAAAGUCAGCAUCUGGGGCGAAUCAUAUGGUGGACAUUACGGCCCUACCUUCGCCAAUUUCUUUGCUGAGAAAAGCAAGGACAUGACAUCUGGCUCACAUUCCAACACUGCCCCUAUCCCCCUCCAAAUCGGGACGGUGGGCAUCAUCAACGGCUGCAUCGACAUCAUUACGCAGAUGCCCUCCUAUCCGCAUAUGGCAUACAACAACACGUACGGCAUUCAGGUCAUCAACGAGACGGAGUACAAUAAUGCCAUGGACAGCUUCCCCGAAUGCCGCAGCCGGGUUGAGGCUUGCCGAUCCCUCGCCGAGACACACGAUCCAACCGGACUCGGCAAUGUGGGGGAAGUCAACACAGCGUGCAGUGAUGCAUACAACUUUUGCUUUGCAAAGAUGUGGGGAUGGGUAGAGAGCCGCGGUAGGAACGUUUUCGACAUUACUGCCUUGAUGCCCCAUUCAUUCCCACCCAGAUAUGCGGGUGGGUUCCUCAACUCUGAAGAGGUUCAGCGCGAGUUAGGAGUCCCGCUCAACAUUACCGGUCUUUCAACGGCAGUAUUCAGUGCAUUUAUGUCAACUGGCGAUUUCGUUCUGGGACAAAAUCUCGACAUCCUUGGCAAGCUUUUAGAUCAAGGGGUAAAAGUUGCCCUGGUGUAUGGUGACCGCGAUUAUCAGUGCAACUGGUACGGCGGAGAGCAGAUCAGUUUGGCGAUCCAGUCGAAGUUGAGCAGCAAGUUCCACGAAGCUGGCUAUACAAAAAUUCAGACCAACAAGAAAGAUGUUGGAGGAUACGUCCGACAACAUGGGAAUCUGUCUUUCUCUCGUGUCUUUCAAGCCGGGCACGAAGCUCCUUGGUAUCAGCCCGAAACCACAUAUCAGAUCUUCAAAAGAGUCAUGUUCGACAAGGACGUUGCGACAGGGCAGAAGUCCACCUCGCACGACGAAUACUCAACCGACGGCCCUGACAACGUCUUUGACAUCACAGGCGCAGUCCCUUCCCAUCCCGUGUCGGAAUGCUAUCUCUGGAAUAUUAUCCAGAGUUGCACGGAGUUGCAAACCGACUUAUUGCGGAACGGUACUGCAAUCCUCAAGGACUUCAUCAUGAUUGGGUACCAUGCGGCGGAUGGGACGAUUCACUACUAUGAGGGGAGAUGA